CGCCGUGACAGUAUUGUUCCCGAUGUGCUUUGCGAGGUGAGGCUGGUCUGGUCUGAGAAGCUAAGAUGACCGAUUUUGAUGAGCCGCUCUCCGAGGAGGAGAAGGUCCGCAUAGCAGCCAACUUUGUGACCCAUGCUCCACCUGGAGAGUUCAAUGAAGUCUUCAAUGAUGUGCGACUCCUCCUCAACAAUGACAAUCUUCUCCGAGAAGGGGCGGCACAUGCCUUCGCCCAGUACAACAUGGAUCAGUUCACUCCUGCCAAACUGCCCGGCUCUGAUGAGAUGGUGCUGACCACAGAGCACGGGGACCUUGGCCAGGGUCGUUUCUUUGACCCGCGUAGCCAGGUGUCGUUCCGCUUUGACCACCUGCGUAAGGAGGCCAGUGACGCGCAGCCCUACGAGGGGGAGGCGGGGCUGAAGGCGUGGCGGGACGCCUGUGACUCCGCCCUCUCGGCCUACGUGAAGGAGCACUACCCCAGCGGCGUGUGCACCGUCUAUGGGAAGACGGUGGAUGGACAGCAGACCAUCAUCGCCUGCAUCGAGGGACACCAGUUCCAGCCCAAGAACUUCUGGAAUGGACGCUGCAGGUCAGAGUGGAAGAUGACCCUUAGCCAGUCGUCUGCUCAGGUGGUGGGGGUACUCAAGAUCCAGGUGCAUUACUAUGAGGAUGGGAACGUGCAGCUAGUCAGCCACAAGGAGGUGGAGGAGUCGGUCAUCGUGACUAAUGAAGCUGCGACGGCCAAGGAGUUUGUAAAAGUCAUUGAGAACGCAGAGAACGAUUAUCAGACUGCGAUCAGUGAGAACUACCAGACCAUGUCGGACACCACCUUCAAGGCCCUGCGGCGCCAGCUGCCCGUCACGCGCACCAAGAUCGACUGGAACAAGAUCCUUAGCUACAAGAUUGGAAAGGAGAUGCAGAACGCCUAGAACCGGGCGGAACCUCCUCCUCCGCCCUGCUCC